AUGGGUGCUUUGAAAGAACUUGUUGAAGCAGGUAAAAUCAAAUAUAUUGGUUUAUCCGAAUGUUCAAGUGACACUCUUCGAAGAGCACAUGCUGUUCAUCCAGUUACAGCCCUAGAGAUUGAAUAUUCACCAUUCAGCUUGGAUAUUGAACGUGAAGAUAUUGGUCUUUUAAAAACAUGUCGAGAACUCGGCAUAGCAAUAGUUUGUUAUGCACCAUUAGGCCGUGGCUUAUUAGGCGGACAAAUUAAAAGUCCAGAUGAUCUUGCAGAAAAUGAUUAUCGACGAAAAUUCCCACGUUUUUCCAAAGAAAAUUUUCCUAAAAAUCUUGAAUUAGUCGAAACAUUAACAUUGAUAGCUAAGAAAAAAAAUUGUACUCCUGGUCAACUCACAUUAGCUUGGAUUCUUAGUCAAGGAGAAGAUUUUUUUGUAAUUCCUGGAACAACAAAGAUCAAGAAUUUAGAAGAAAAUGUUGCUGUAGCACAAAUCAAAUUAACUAAAGAAGAGGAAAAAGAAAUUCGAACAGCUUGUGAAAAAGCCAAAGUAGCUGGUGGACGUUAUUCAGAAGAAGUUGAUUCACUAUUAUUUGCUGAUUCGGCACCAAAAAGGAAUUAA